AUGAAGAACUCAUUUCAGAAUUUAAGAGCUAAAAAAACUACAAAUAACUCAGCUAACUAUAGCAAUCUUACCAGCAGAGGUUAAAAUAACUACUAAAACUUAUCAUAUAGAGAUACUCAAUAAAAAUCAUCAAAUUUAUCCUCGAGAUCUAAAGGUGAAUUAGGCUAAGGUUAAAAUAAUCUAGCAGCUGAGUAAAAAAGGAUCCUAGACUAGCAUAUCAAUUACUUCUCAAAGGAUACCUACUAUAAAAUCAAAGAGGAUCUUAUGUCUUAAGAACCAAAUCAGCAAAUAGUUGAAAUUUUCAAAGAUUAUCAGUCUCAUCAUGGAACUGAUGAUAAUUAUCUAAUGAAUGAUUCAAAAAGUUUUGACUAAUCCCAAUCAAAUAAGAAACGCCUCAAAUCACAUGUUCCAAUUUAAGUUAAAUAAUCUCCAGAAAUGGGGUAGUAAGAGCAAAAGGUUAAUUAAACUUUUGAUAGAAAUAGAUAUCCAGGAGGCCGUGGUAACAGUUCUUAUGCUGGUGGAGAGGGAGAUAGAGCCUAGCAGAACAAUAUUAACAAUAACACCUAAUCAAGUUCCAGAUCAAUUGAGACACUUAGAAAGAGUUUACCAUUCCAAAGAAUAGAAAGGCCUAUUUAAAAGAUUGUUAAUCAUUAAAGAAGAGAUUCUUAGUAAAACUCAGCUGAACUUAGAAAAAAUAAGUUGGCGCAAAAUGAUCUCACUUUCGAGGAAAUCAGAGAUAUUCUAAAGUUAUAGAGAUAUCAGUAAAGUGCUUAAGAGUAGAGAUACAUAAUAGAGUAGAUGCUGCCCUAUGUUUGGUACGCUCCCAUCAAUUCUGUAGCUUUUUAAGAUCUCAUAAUGAGAUAUUUCCAGAGUGAGAUCGAUAUGAUAGACUCCUAAUAUAUUCCAGAGGAACUGAUAUUUAGCUUAUUCAAACUAUUUGAUACUAAUUAAGAUUAUUUGAUUGAUAAGCAUGAGUUAGAAGUUGGAUUCUAAAUUCUUCUAAAUGGAAAUGGUUCUAAAUCUUCUCCUGACUCGAAAUAAGUUAGCAGAGUAAACUAUGUCUCAGUAAGUGAUAUAUAGAACAACAAUUAGAGAGACUUUUCAAGGCUGUUUGAUGAAAUAGACUAAGAAGGAAAAGAGAGAAUAUUCUUGAGAGAUUUAGAAAAAUUCCUAAAGCCUCAUAUUCAAAGAAUGCAAACGAAAAAUAUAAAAUAAAGCAAAGAUCAUAUCCAAAAUGAUGCGAUUGUUCAUAACUUAGCUUUGGAGAUAUUUAAAAGAUGCAAUAUUAGCAAGAAUGGGAUAAUUAUUAAGCAGGAAAUGAGAAUAUGGAUCUUGAAAGACAAAGGCUAAUCAUUUGCAAUACUCCAAGAUUUGCUAGAAGGAAGAUAAGAUUAUUUCGAAGAGUAUCAGGAUAUAUUGUUCAGAAACAUUUAGUCCCCAUAUGAUAAUGACUAUGCUGAUUUAAAUGAUAGAGAAACCUCUCCCUAAGUUUAUAAGUAUUAAAAUACCACAGAAUAGGAUGAAAAAUUGCGACUAUCUGAAUUGAAAUAAUCUCAGAAGUAUUAAUUGAAGCCAAAGAUUAAGGAAGAGCUAAAGAGUCAAGGAUUUGUAGUCUAAGAUCAAGAUUACCAUUCGAAUCAUUCCACUAAGCAGAGAGAGAAAUUAGAUGAACCAAAUUAAAGUUCCACUGAUACUACAAUAUCAUUUAAAAAGCCAAGACCUCCGCCAAGAGAUCAGAGACUUGCUGACUGCUCAGGUUUUUCCUCAUCUCUUCUUUAGAAUAAAAUAGAUCAGAAAUUAGAAGCUUAACCCGAAUAGAAGCCAAACUAAUCAGAUGAUAAUCCAGCACCUAGUUAUGACAAAGUUUUCGAGACCAAUGAGUACUAGUCAGUUGAGGAGAAAAUUAAACUACUGUCAAUUGAUUCUGGGUUAAAGAGAAUAAAUGCAUUUGCCUUUGCCAAAUAGAUCAAGAAACAACUUGAACUUUACGAUGAAAGCGAUGGAAUGUCAUUUGAAGAGUUUAAGUCUAUACUUGAGCCAUAGCUGCGCAAAGUAGCAAAAUCCACUUUUGAAAAGAAAGGCUUUGAUAACAUAUUGAAGCAAAUAUUUGACAUAUUCGAUGAUAACAAGAAUGGAACUGUUGAUCAGAAAGAGAUGAGUAACUGCAUGGCUUUAAUGUGUGGAGGAACUGUCCAGGAUAAAAUACAUGCAGCUUUUAUACUUUUUGACUUUAAUGGCUCAAAUACACUCAGCUAUGAUGAACUCAUUACAUUCCUUGGAACAGUAUUCAAAAUCUUUGACUGUUUGAUGUCAAAUAAACAAAAUAUGUACAAGCUUACUCAAGAAACAGCUGAUAAAUGCUUCAAAGACCUAGGUCUAGUGAGUACCUAGGAGAUUUAAUUCGAGAUCUUUCUGGAAUGGCUGCUUAAAAAACCUAUUCAAUCUUCUGAGCCUAUACCAUAGUAAACCAAGUCAUAAAAUAUCAAAGGAAGUCAGCCUAUUAAAUAAAUUCCUUAGAAAUAAGAGACCAAGCCUGUAUUGCAAUAAGAAUCUUAAAAAUAAAAUCUGAUUAAAAAUUAAAUUAACGAUCCAAAAGUCAAUGCUAAAGCAACAACAAAUAAAAUACAAGAAAGUGAAUAACCCUAAAAGACAUAAGUUCCAGAGCCUACUUAAUAGUAGUUGAUAUAAUCUUAGUAAAUACCAAAAUCAGAGAUUAAGGAACGAAUCAGAAAACAAACUUUAGAGUAUGUUGAUAAAUUCCUACAAAUGUAGAGGUAUGUAGAGUUAAUGAAGGAAUUGAGAACUCAAUCAUAACUUGCAAACGUAAGAAUUAAUGAUGUGAUCAAGGCCUUUGACAAGCAUAAAGUUUCAUAGCAGAUUAAUAAGCAGGUGUUCUUUGAUACAAUGAGAAACCUCAUUACGAUUGCUAAUCCAUCUAUUGAUAAAAACCAGACUCAAUAAAUGGAUGAGCAAUUGAGAAAGCUUUACUCUUAACUUGAUCAGGAUAAAAAUGGGAUCUUAGAUUUAGUUGAAAUCCUUUCAGCAUUGUCACUUCUAUGCAAGGGUUCGAUUCCAUAAAAAAUGAGUUGCUUAUAAUAAGCAUUUUUCAAAUAAGAAAAUCAAGGAUAGGACCAAUAGAUAAGUUUUAAAGAGCUUAAGAAGUAUCUAUUAUGCAUUUUCAAAAUAUCACUUGAAACUAAGAAUGAGAUACUUUUCGAUUUUGAUCUAGAAAAAUUGGCAGAGAACUCAGCUAAAGACUGCUUUGAGUAUAACUUAGAAGAUGAUUUUGACCAAGGUACUUUAAAUGUUGAUGCUGUUCUUAGAUGGCUGAACAAAAAAGGAGGAAAGAUAUAUUGA